AUGCCGCCGCCUCGUCCUCCACCGCCGCUGGUGGAUGAUCUCGUGGAGGAGGUGCUCCUCCGCUUCCCGCCCAAGGACCCCGCGGCGCUCGUGCGCGCCGCGCUCGUCUGCAAGCGCUGGCGCCGCCUCAUCUCUGACCCCAGAUUCCGCCGCCGCUUCCGCGAGUUCCACCGCACCCCGCCGAUGCUGGGGAUGUUCUGCAGCGGCUGCAGCCUCGUGUACCGCCGGUUCGUGGCUACGACCGCCUUCCGCGCGCAUCAUGCCGAGCGUGGCUACAGGCGCGCGCUGGACGCCCGCCACGGCCGUGUCCUCCUUCUUGGGGAAGGCGGGACCCUCUUCGUCUGGGACCCCAUCACAGGCGAGGAGCGGAAGGUGCCCUCUCCGCGGUUGCCGCCGCAGUACACCAUGUCGUUGACCUGGACCGCAGCGGUUCUCUGUUCCUCCGCCAGCGCCAGCGGCUGCGAUCACCUUGAUUGCCACCACGGACCUUUCAUCGUGGUUGUUGUGCGCUCUCUUUUGGGGGCUGCUGGUGUAGUGGAGACCUUAAUCUGCACCUACUCAUCUGAUGCUGCUGCCUGGAGUGAGCCAACCCGCGGUCAGGGACCUAGUUACCUCCGAGGACUCGUCGAUCCUAGGAUGAGGAGUGUGCUUGUGGGGAAUGCGUUCUACUUUGGCAUCCUGAAGGAAAGGGCAGCUCUCAAGUACAACCUGCAAUUGCACCAAAUGUCAUGGAUUCAACUACCACCUUCAGUGCCCCUUCGUCGGCAGAUUCUGCUCACAACAACGGAGGAUGGUGGACUGGGGCUCGCCACUGAACACGAGUCCAAGCUCUAUGUCUGGUCGAGGAAGGAUGCAGAUGAUGUAGAUGCAAGAUGGGAACAAAGCAGAGUCACUGAGCUUAAGAUGCUGCUCCCUGUUGAUGCUGACUUCACCUCACUUUAUGCGGUUGGCUCCACGGAUGAUCUUGGUAUCAUUUUCAUGAGAGCAGGCAAUGCGGUCUACGCAAUUGAUCUCAAGACCUAUAAGGGAAAGAAGGUAUGCGAGGGCAAAAUCAACACCAUUGUUCCGUACAUGUGCUUCUACACUCCAGGGACUAUGCAGGUGUUGCUGUGA